AUGUCAACUGAACCGCGAACCAUCCACGCAUACGCCUGCUUCGGCGAGAAGGAAGAGGUGAAGCCGUGGGAGUACAAGUCCCGUCCUCUGGGCCCUGGGGACGUGGAGAUCAAGAUUUCGCACUGUGGCAUCUGUGGCUCCGACCUGCACACCAUGGACAGCGGAUGGGGUCCAUCGAUCUACCCAUCACACUGGCCUGGAGACGAAGUCAAGGGCAUGAAGGUCGGUGACCGUGUGGGCGUCGGUGCCCAAGUCUUUGCGUGUCUGAACAAGGACCCCGCGGCACCGUGUAAACUAUGCUCCGCUGGGGACGAUGCCUACUGUCCACACAGAGUGUGGACGUACAGCGACAGAUACGCCGACAAGACCGUGACCUAUGGCGGCUAUGCCGACUACAUCCGCGUCAUGCAUGAGUACGCCUUCAAGAUCCCGGACAACCUCCCAUCGGAUGUCGCGGCACCACUGUUGUGUGCCGGUGCGACGGUGUUCCGACCGCUCAAGGAGGCGGGCGUGAAGCCCGGCAAGCGUGUCGGAAUUGUGGGGAUUGGCGGUCUGGGCCACUUGGCGAUUCAGUUCGCCAAGGCCAUGGAGGCUGACGCUGUCGUGGCCUUCUCUCGCUCACCGAACAAAGAGAAGGAGGUGCGCGACUUGGGCGCGACCGAUUUCGUCAACUACACGGACGAGAAGCAAGUUGCCGCGGCUGAAAACUCGAUCGAUAUCCUUCUCCUCUGUGCCAACGCCGACAAGAUGCCGUACACGCAGUUCCUGAGCUUCUUGGCGGUUCGUGGCUCGCUCAUCAUGGUGGGUCUACCCAACGACGAAGUCAAGUUCAGCGCCUUCGGUGUGGUCGCGAAGGGGGCGAACUUUGGGGGAAGCAACAUCGGCAGCAUCAAGGACAUCAAGGACAUGCUCGAAGUGGCGUCCAAGAAGAACGUGCGAGCUGUGAUCCAGAAACUGCCGAUGAGCAAGGCCAACGAGGGCAUCAAGAUGGUGCGUGACGGCUCGGGCGUGUGGCAUGCCGGUAUGAACUUGUGGGUGAUCCUCAGACUAUUGGCCGCAGCAAUUUCAAUCAAUCGGAUAUAUGGGCGAGCCUGA